CGGUCACACCAAUUUUCUUGUUGUUUCGAACUCGAGCGGACGUGCUCGCGCACUUCUGCCAGAAAAUAUUCCAAUAAAUGUGCAAGAAAUUCGGUGUCGAUUGGAGUCCAACGAGUGUGGCACAUUUUCCACAACGCAUCCGCAACAUUUUCAAGCUCGGAUGCCGUGCAGAGAUGCUGAUAUCUUGUGAUUAAAAUUCUCCCCGUCUGAGAUGUCUCAAACAUGAAUGAAGGUAAUUCAGCAGGAGGGGGGCAUGAAGGGCUCAGCCCGGCCCCUCCUGCUGUGCCAGACCGCGUAACUCCACAUUCAACGGAAAAAUCAGAUUCGACAGCCAAAACAACGACCAUAACAGAACCAGCAGGAGCAGGAUCAACAGCAGCCUUGCCGGCCACCCGCCAUCAUCACCAUCACCUUGCGACCCAAGCAAAAGGAAUCGCAAGCAGCAGCAAACAGAAGCAUCUGCCCAGUGCGCAGCUGCCUGUGCCGCUGUCGCCCUUGCCGCAACAACAACAGCAAACGACAGAGGCAACGGCAGCAGCAGCAGCAUCCGCCCACACCAACCCAUCCGCCUCCUCCAGCACCACGAGCACCAUAGAAGCCUCUGUUUCGCCGCCGCAGGCCAAGCGUCAGCGUUUGGACAACAGCGAGGAUAGAACGAGCGCCACCAGCAUUGUUGGUACAGCCGGGAGCAGCAACAUUGUGGGCUCUCUGCUCCCAGCAUCGGUGGCCUCCAGCAGCGAGGUCGGUGGGCUUUCAUCAACGGCCCUGCAGGACCUGAAUGCCCUGAAGAAGCGCAUUCUCCAGCAGAAGUUGCAGAUCUUGCGUAAUCUUAAGGAAAGGCAUCUUGAAAAUGUGUCCGAAUACUUUUACCUACAAAACGGCGGCAGUAUGAUGGACUACCCUGCGUGGCGCAAGAAGACACCAACCCCGCAGUUCAUCAGCUACAGUAAUGCAAAUCGUAUAGACCAGCUGAUACACGAGGAUAAGCCGAGCACAUCGGCAGCAGCAGCAGCUGCGGCACAGAAUCAAGCCCAAAAAUAUACCACUCAACAGGCAGCCAUUGUGGAGACUUCAUUGGUCGGCGGAAUCAACACAGGAACGACGGCGCCAGCUCCAGUGGAGGGCAGCAUCUUCAAUAAUACAGUAAAAACGAAUUCGCAAUCUCAAGUGCCAAGCAAGAUUGGCAGCAACACAACCUCAAGUCCCGCAGCAACACAACACACAAGCAACGCAAGCAGCACAGUUUCAGGAGCUGCUGCAAGUGUCACCGCCACUACCACAACUGGGAGCGCGUCGGAGGCUAGUAAUGUCCUACCACCAGAGGCGGAGAUCAAAAUCCCAGCCGUUGGAGCCACACCAGUGGCCAUUUCAACAAAGCUACCCGCUGCCGUUGUCCAGUUAACACAACAAGGUCACAUACCCGGUAGACCUUUAGGAGGUCGUCACGGUAUGGUCUUCGGUCAAAUACCUGCUCCUCCUGCUGCCGUAGGAAAUCCUUCUGUACCUUUGGUGCCAGGUGGCACUCCGCUGUUACCCUGCAAUACGUCAGUGGGAUCAACGGCGCUGCGACGCCCACAAAGUCAGAGUAAUGCUGCAGGCGCAUCGACCUCAACAGGAGGAGGAGGAGGUGGAGGAGGAGGAGGCAGCGGCGGCACACCCACACCACUCUACACCGGAAAUGGUCCGGCAGCGCUGGGCGGAAGCGGAGUCCUCACGCCCGGCACUCCCACCUCCGGCAGCAUGCUUAGUCCGGCGUUGGCCGGUGGCUCUGGCACACCAAACAGCGCGGCGCAGGAGUUCUCGUUCAAAGCCAAACAGGAGGUGUAUGUGAUGCAGCGCAUAUCGGAACUACAGCGAGAGGGAUUAUGGACUGAGCGGCGCCUGCCCAAGCUGCAGGAGCCCAGCCGCCCCAAGGCCCAUUGGGACUACCUCCUCGAGGAGAUGGUCUGGCUGGCGGCCGACUUUGCACAGGAGCGCAAGUGGAAGAAGAACGCGGCCAAGAAGUGCGCCAAGAUGGUGCAAAAGUAUUUCCAGGACAAGGCCACUGCUGCUCAGCGCGCGGAAAAGGCCCAAGAGCUGCAGCUAAGGCGAGUGGCAUCCUUCAUUGCGCGCGAGGUGAAGAGCUUCUGGUCGAAUGUGGAAAAGCUGGUGGAGUACAAGCACCAGACGAAGAUUGAGGAGAAACGGAAGCAGGCCUUGGACCAGCAUCUCAGCUUUAUUGUCGACCAGACAGAGAAGUUCUCACAGCAACUGGCCGAAGGCAUGAACAAGAGUGUGGCGGACACGCCCAGUCUCAAUUCCAGCCGUCUUACCUCGCCGAAGCGUGAGUCCGAUGAUGAUUUCCGACCUGAGUCUGGCUCCGAAGACGAUGAGGAGACCAUUGCCAAGGCCGAAGAAGAGGCAGCCGAUGUUAAAGACGAGGUGACGGCGCUGGCCAAGGAGUCUACGAUGGACUUUAAUGAUUUCCUCAACGACCUACCGCCUGGCUAUUUGGAGAAUCGUGAUAAGCUCAUGCAGGAGGAGCAAAGCUCGGCCAUUAAGACAGAAUCUCCCGAUGACAGCGAUGACAGCGAGUUCGAGGCAAAAGAAACUAGUGAUGAUGACGAGAAUACCAUAAGUAAGCAGGAAGAGGCCGAACAGGAGGUUGACCACAAAAAGGAGAUCGAUGAGUUGGAGGCGGACAACGAUCUCUCAGUCGAGCAGCUGCUUGCGAAAUACAAGUCUGGUAGAGGAAGUGACCAGCCGCCUAGUCCGAAACGAAGAAAGCUGGCGCCUCGUGGACCUGAGCUUGACUCUGAUGAUGAUUCGACGGCUGUCGAUGACUCCACAGACGAGAGUGAAGAUACCGAGGAUGAAGAAGAUCUUUCCACUAUUAAAACUGACACUGAUGUGGAGGAGCAGGACGAACAGGAGGACGGCCUCAAGAGUCUGAUGACGGAUGCCGACCCUACUAGUGGAGCUGCUGGAAGCGGCAGCACAGCAGGAGCAAGCGGCAACAAGGACGACAUGCUAAACGAUGCAGCCGCUUUGGCCGAGAGUCUACAACCCAAGGGCAAUACCUUGUCCUCCACCAAUGUGGUUACGCCAGUCCCCUUCCUGCUAAAGCACUCGUUGCGUGAGUACCAGCACAUCGGACUCGAUUGGCUGGUCACAAUGAACGAGCGUAAACUUAAUGGCAUCCUGGCCGACGAGAUGGGUCUGGGGAAGACGAUCCAAACCAUUGCUCUAUUGGCCCAUCUCGCCUGCGCUAGGGGUAACUGGGGACCUCACCUCAUUGUGGUGCCUUCGUCUGUGAUGCUCAACUGGGAAAUGGAGUUCAAGAAGUGGUGCCCUGGCUUCAAAAUACUCACCUACUAUGGCUCCCAGAAGGAGCGCAAACUGAAGCGAGUGGGCUGGACUAAGCCAAAUGCUUUCCAUGUGUGCAUCACAUCCUACAAACUGGUGGUGCAAGAUCAGCAGAGCUUCCGCCGCAAAAAGUGGAAAUAUCUGAUUCUGGAUGAAGCGCAGAACAUUAAGAACUUCAAGUCGCAGCGUUGGCAGCUGCUACUUAAUUUUUCCACCGAAAGACGUCUGUUGUUGACUGGAACCCCACUGCAGAACGACUUGAUGGAGCUGUGGUCCCUGAUGCACUUCCUCAUGCCGUAUGUCUUCUCAUCGCAUCGCGAGUUUAAGGAAUGGUUCUCCAAUCCAAUGACGGGCAUGAUUGAGGGCAAUAUGGAGUACAACGAGACUUUGAUAACGCGUUUGCACAAGGUGAUUCGUCCGUUCCUACUUCGACGCCUCAAGAAGGAGGUGGAAAAACAGAUGCCAAAGAAGUAUGAGCAUGUGGUCAUGUGCCGUCUGUCGAAUCGCCAGCGCUAUCUGUACGAGGAUUUCAUGAGUCGCUCCAAAACUCGGGAAACCCUGCAAACUGGAAACUUGCUGAGCGUGAUAAAUGUUUUGAUGCAACUGCGAAAGGUGUGCAAUCACCCGAACAUGUUCGAGGUGCGACCCACCAUUUCGCCAUUUCAAAUGGCGGGCAUUACAUUCCACACGCCGCGUCUCGUCUCCGACAUAAUGGAGUAUGAUCCGUUCACGCAAAUCAAUCUAGAGACGGUGAACCUUCUGUUACUGCAUCUGGAGCAAACUAUGACCGCCUACGUCUCGCACAAAUCUCGCCUACUCGCCCCGCCUCGAAAGCUUAUCGAGGAUAUCGAUACAGCACCCCAACCGGCUCCCCGUUGUCCCAACGGAAAAUACCGCUUUCACAUUCGCGUGCGGAGUGCCGAGUUGGCGCAGCGCAUCAAGCUGAAUGCGGUGAGGGUAGGAGCCAGUCCGGCCAUGCGGAUGGAGGGCUCAAAGGUUGUGCCAAUGCGCAGUCUGCUACCGAGCGGUAGGGUUUUGAAAAGGGUCGGUGGCUCGAUUAACCCUGUGAACAUGGCACUGAAGCCAGUGGUGAUUAACAGUGUGGUGACAACAGCUUCAUCGACCGCAUCCUCUUCUCCUACUGGAGCAUUGAGUGUACUCAGCAACUCCAAGUUGCUGGGGGCACGCUCGCAAAUAAACGCACCAACGCCCGCUAAAGUAGCAAAGACGAUGCAGGAUGGCAAGCCAUUUUUCUACCUCACACCGGCGACGAAUUCCGGAGCAGCAGGAGCCCGCCUGACACUGACGAGUAAAACCACAGCCUCGGCGGCCACAACGAGUUCCGGAACAACAGUGGCUGCUGCUCCAACCACUGCCCAGCAAUUGAUAAGGGACCCCAUUGUCAAGGAUCUAGCAACGCAUGUAAAAAGCACAGCACAAAAGCAAAGCAUUGCCAAUGGGAAAACGGAGCCCGAGGAGGAAACUGAAACCGAGGAUCCCUACAAGGUGCAGGAGCUGAUUCAGAUGCGCAAGGAGCAGCGAUUGGCUUCCCUCAAACGUAUGGCAAUGGUGAAUCGUCGGCGCAACGAUGCCACUCCGAUAUACGGCGAGGACUGUCGCGGAGCUAUUCAGCGCUGUAUGCAGGCGACGCGAUCGCUAAAGCGAUCCACCUGGCAGACGCGUGGCUAUGCCAAUUGCUGCACGGCAAUGUUGCACCGGGAUGGCUGGUCACUGAACCACUUGCUAAAAAGCUACGAAGAAAGAUGCGCAGAUCUAAAGCCGCUGUUUGCCAACUUUGUAAUCUAUGUUCCUCCCGUGUGUGCGCCCCGAAUUCGACGCUAUGUGCAGAACCUUUCAUCGACGAACUGGCAGUGUGAACGCCAAAUCGAAGAAACUGUGGGUCAGGCCCUGCUGCCAAAGCUGGCACUGUUGCAUCCAAUCAUUUCGGCAAUGACCACACAGUUCCCGGAUCCGCGUCUCAUUCAGUACGACUGCGGAAAGUUGCAGACCAUGGAUCGUUUGCUGCGACAGUUGAAGGCUGAAGGGCAUCGGGUACUGAUAUUCACUCAGAUGACGAAGAUGCUGGAUGUUUUGGAGGCCUUCCUUAACUAUCAUGGCCACAUCUAUCUUCGUUUGGAUGGAUCCACGCGGGUGGAACAGCGCCAGAUACUUAUGGAGCGCUUCAAUGGCGACACAAGAAUCUUCUGUUUCAUCCUCUCCACGAGGUCUGGUGGAGUGGGAAUCAAUUUGACUGGUGCCGAUACUGUGAUCUUUUAUGACUCGGACUGGAAUCCCACCAUGGAUGCGCAGGCCCAGGAUCGAUGUCAUCGCAUUGGCCAGACACGAGAUGUCCACAUCUACCGACUUGUCUCCGAAAAAACCAUCGAGGUGAACAUCCUCAAGAAGGCAAACCAAAAGCGGAUGCUCAGCGACAUGGCCAUCGAAGGGGGCAACUUCACCACCACAUUCUUCAAGAGUUCCACCAUCAAGGAUCUCUUUACGAUGGACCAGAGCGAGCAGGACGAGACGAGUCAGGAGAAGACCGAGAACAAGGACAAGAUUGUGGCAACGACAACCACUACGGUUGUCGACACGGCAACGACAAUUGUGGAGACGGAAAAACAGUCUCUGCGCGCCUUCGAGCACGCGUUGGCCGCCGCCGAGGAUGAGCAGGAUGUGCAGGCCACCAAGACGGCCAAAGCCGAGGUGGCUGCAGAUCUGGCCGAGUUCGACGAGAACAUUCCAAUUGCAACGGAAGAGGCGAACGCGGAAGGAGGUGCUCAGGUGGAACUUAGCAAGGCCGAUCUGGAAAUGCAGAACUUGGUGAAGCAGCUCUCUCCUAUCGAGCGUUAUGCCAUGCGCUUUGUGGAGGCCACUGGAGCGGCGUGGACAGCGGAACAAUUACGGGCCGCGGAGGCCGAACUGGAGGCCCAGAAACGCGAGUGGGAGGCCAACAGACUGGCGGCCAUGCACAAGGAGGAGGAACUGCUCAAGCAGGAAACUGAAGCCGAGGAGAUGCUUACCUACAGUCGCAAGGAUUCAAGCAAUCAGGUCUGGAUAUCGCGCAACACCAUGGAACAGAUGCCGAUGUGGUGUCCACCCACGCCGCCGCAGGACGACGAUAAUGACAUAUACAUCGACUACUCGCUGUCGUUCAUGUACGAGCUGGAGCCCAUUGCCGAGAUGGAUCUGCCGCCAGUCUACGUGCGCAAGGAGCACAAGCGCUCGCGCACCGACGCUGGGUACGAUGGCAGCCGAAGGCCAAAUAAGAUGCGCCGGGAGGAUAACUACGUGCCCCCCAGAUCGCUUUUCGAUCGCCCAACUCCGCAGCUGGCCCGUCUGCGUCGCGAGCUGAAGAGCCAGCGAUUCCGCGGCAGCUUCAAGCCGAACUCGCCGAUUCCAGGCCUGAAACCCCAACUGCCGGCCAAACCCCUCACCGAACCGGAAGCCAUGGCCGAGUGGGGCGUCUUCGAGGACAUUGCCAUUCUGCACGUGCUGGUGAAUCUGCAGGGAUUGCCCUGCAGCCUCAUGCUGCUCUCGCCGGGCCAGACGCCCAACUGGGACCUCGUCUCCGAAAUGGUCAACUUCUGUUCGAAGACCUAUCGUUCGGCACGGCAGUGCCGUUGGCGUUACGAAACCCACAUUCAGCCACGCGAGGAGGGCAAGGUGGUGGAGAGUCCCAAGAAGCAGAAGAAGAUUAAGCCCACGCUAAAGUCCGAGUACCUGAAGAGUCCGCUGCGAUAUCUGCGAACCACCCAGAUGUAUGUAAGCGACAACAACGCCUCGUUCUACAAGACGAUGCGCUCCCGCUUCGACAGCAUUAAGACGGCCUACCUGAAGAAGGCGCCGCCGCCAAAGCGCCAGUUCAGUGCUCCCAGCCUAAUGAACCCCAAGCACCUGGAGGUGCUGCAGGAGUUCGGCAUUCAGAACUACGAUCAACCGGUGCCGCCGCAGAACAUUGCGGCCAUGAAGGCGAACAAGAUUCGGGAGAAGCAGCGUGGACAGCAGAUGUCACAGGCUGCCGUUGGCGUGGGAGUGGUUCAGCAAGUGCCGCAGCAAACGCAGCAGCAACAGCCGGCACCACCUCCACCGCAGCAGCAACAGCAGCAGCAGCAACAAGUGGUCCAGCAGGUGCAACAGCAGCAGCAGCAGGUGGUGCAGCAGCAACUGCCCACUGUAUCGACGGUUCAACAAACUCUGCCGGUUCAACAGACAGUGGAGCUGGUGCAGCAGCAGCAGCAGCAGCAGCAGCCGAGCACCACGACAACGGUGGCUGUGCCCGCCGCCGGUCAAUUGCAGCAGCUCCAGAUCCAGCACUUGACCAGUUCCAAUGUGUCGCCCGGCCAGCAGACCGCCAUUCUGCUCCACCAGCCGCAGCAGCAGUUGCGCACGCAUCCCAACCAGGCGGGCCAGGCCAACACCCAGCAGCUGGUCAAGACUAUUGUGGGCACAUCCUCCAGCCUGACGGCGGGCCAGUUGCAACAGCUGGCCCAACAGUCGGCCGCCGCUUCCGGUGGACAGUCCAGCGUGAGUGUGGUGCUGACCACGCCAGUGCAGACUCUGCCAGCCGUGGUGCAACCGCAGAUCGGCUCCGGUGCCCAAAUCGUAUCGAUCUCGUCGCAAACGCUGCCCGUGAACAGUUCCCCGCAGCUGGGCAGCAUUGUGCAGACGCAAUCCCUGCCGCAGGUGGUCUCGGUCAGCACUCUGCCCACCGUGGGCACUGUGCUCACCACCACCGCCAGUCAGCAGCAACAGCAGCAGCACCAGACCACAGCGGUCACCACCCUGAACACGGCCAUGUUGCGGGGCCAGCGGAUUGUGUCGACAGCGGCUGGGAAUACGCUGCAGCAGCGAACCACAGCCGGCGGUCAGUCCAUUGUGUCCAUGCCGAAUUUGGGACAGGGCGUGAGUCCGGCGCAGUUCCAAACGCAGCUCCGUUUGGCAGCCGUGCCCACUUCCCCAGCCACGCAGACCACCCAGCUGGUGACCACAAAGGGCAUUCCGGUGAGUGCCCUUCAGCAGGGUGGAAAGACCACGGUGAUACCGGGUGCUCAGCAGCCGGGAGGAGCACACAUCCAGCUCUAUCGGCAGCGCAGCUUGAAGGUGUUGCAGACGACCACUCAGGCGGUGGCGGGUGGAUCAGCUGGCGGCACGACAGGCGCAACUGCUAAUCUGGUGCAAGCGGGAGGCACCAUAAUCCAGACCAGCAACAUGAGCGCCCAUGUGACCAGUCAAAAGGUGGCCGUUGCCGGGAUGCCGGGAACCUCCACCGCCGUGCAGGCGGGCAAUGUGGUUAGCAGCGUUCAAAUGCACGGCCAGGCCAGGACGCAGUUCAUCAAGCAGAUGGCGGCCGGGAAGCAGCAGUUGCAGCGCCAAGUGGUGUCCGCCGACGGGACAACCACCACUGCCGGCACCGGGGACAUGUUGCUGGUGAAGCGGCACAAUAUUCUGGCCGCCCAAAAGGCUCAGCAGGCCUCUGGAGCGCUCUUCACCACCACCAGCGCUGCCCAGCAGCAACAACAACAGCAGCAGCAGCAGCAGCAGCAGGGCCAACUUCCAGUGGCCGGUCAGCAGCAGCAGGUGACCCAGCAGCAGAUCGCCUCGCUGGUGAAAGCCUCUACGGCGGCUGCGGCUAGCGGAAGCAGUGUCAACGCCGGCGGGGUCACGGUGUCGGCCACAAAUCCCGCUGUGCAGGCGGGAAGCGUGAAUAUGACCCUGCCGCAGCUGAAACCAGGCAGCCAGAUAAAGGUGACUAUGCCCAACCAGAUGCGGCAUCUGCAGAUGCAACAUCAACUGACGAUGCCGCGUAAGAUCAGCCGGAUGACGCAGCUGGUCAGUGCCAGUGGUCAGCCCACGGCCACCAAUAUAGUGACGACCACUGGUCCCCAGCAACAGCAGCAGCAACAGCAACAACAGCAGCAGCAGCAGGGAGUGACAGUCUCUGGCGGCGGCACUUUGCCCACCGUGGCCUCGCAGCAGCAGCAGCAACAGCAGCAGCAUCAGCAGAAGGUGGCCGGUGGCAACAGUGUCCAGGCCCAGUUGCUGCACAUCCAGAACACAAAGUCGCUGCCCAAUUCGGUGACCGUGCAGCAGAUCCAGCAGGUGAUGCGCAGUGGCCAACAGGGCACCCUGGCCACCACCAACCUGGUGCUGGGUAAGACGAGCGUGGGUCGAGUGAUUCCCGUCUCUGUGGCGUCGCAGCCCAACCAGCGUCAAACUAUUCAGGUGGUUUCGGCUGCCUCCGCUCAGGCCUUGGCUGCGGGCAAUCUGCGCACCCAUGUCGGUGGCCCGAGCAUUGCCAGUGCCCUGAAAGUGGCCGCCUCUGGAGGAGCUGGAGGGCAGACCACGCAGCAGACGCUGAUCGCUGCACUGCAGCAUAAUCAGCGGCAGAACGCCAGUCCCGUCCGCUUGCAGACCACCGCAGGUGGCAAUCUCCUGGCAGUUGUGCAGCAGCAGCAGCAGCAGCAACAACAACAGCAGCAGCACACGAGCAUUGCAGGACCCACAGCUGGACCGGCGGAGGUGAUGACCAUCACGCAGACGACCACCACGUUGCCCACUGUUGCCAGCCUGCAGCAGCAACAGCAGCAACAGCAGCAGCAGCAACAACAGCAGCAGCAACAACAGCAACAGGGAGGCAUAUCGCAGCCUACAACGCAACAGGUACGCAAGCUGGUGCAAAAAAAGAUUCUGAUACGCAGCGAGAAAGAAUAACGCUCGAGCAGGGCCGCCAGACCACGACACCGGCGGAGCAUCUCGAGCAUCAUUUCCACUGCCACCGCCACCGCCACAGCCACCGCCACCUUCAACACACCAAAUCAGAUUCAAAUUCCACAAGCACACCAAAAUCAAGCACCAACAACUCAGUCAACAGCCAAUCAAUCUGAUCCUUUCGAAUUUCAAGAUCGAACAAAUCUCAAUAGCUCAUCCCACGCCGAUCCUCAUGCAUUCAAUCAGUCAGUCAGUCAAUCAGUCAGUCAUUGCCUAAAUUGAUCUCAAUAUCUGUCGAUUGGUUUUACAGCCAUGAGCGAAUGGCGAUCGACACGAUCCGUUCGAUCAAACCGCUCGCUCUGGAGGAUGAUGAGCUGAAGGUGAGACGCUGACGAGGACGACGAUGGGAUCGCUUCAAUCAGCUGAAGGCAUGACCGCCGUAUUACUACUCUUACUGAUCCAUAGAUAUAUUGUACCAAUUAGUUGUAAUCUAUUCAUUUUACGAUCCUAGUUUUACCGAAUGCAAACAGUGCCUAGUUCGUAGGCUAACUGCUUUAAAUUCAACUUGUAAAUCGUAGCUAACUAAGGUCUCAGCCCUCGGUUCCCGUAGUGCAGUAUGUACAUUCGUAAAUCUAAUACAGAUCUAUCCGAUACUACAUAAAUACCCCUAAAUACAUACCUAUAAACAUUUAGUUUUUAUUUACCUUACCGAUAACUUAUGCCCUAGUAUUAACAAACAAACGCAAAUAAAGAAAAACAUGUAAAAACCAA